GGGAUGUGUGUGUAUAUAUAUCUUGCUCGCUGAAGCAGCAGAAAGCCUGGCUUUGUUAUGGCUGCCAACAGGGGGUGACAUGACUUGGAAAAUAUUAUUCUUGCAAUUUUGCAAAUUGCCAUUCAGUUUUCGUUAAUGAGGGCACUGUUUCUUUAACCAGGCCUUGCCCCUUUAACAGAUGUGGGCAUGGUUAUGAGGCUGGCCACUCCCCUUUUGUGAUGCAUCUGCUAAGAAGUCCAUAGCAUGCUUAGUGUCAGCAGUAGCCACAGCUCCCAGCAGUAACUGUGAUACCCUCCCCUACGUGCAGGCUGGGCGGGAUCUGUCUGCAAAAUGUGUCUGUCCUUAACCCUCUGUGCCCUUUUUAUGUGUUAACACUCUGUCUGGCUUUUUUGUUUUUUUUAUCCUUACCCCGCUGCUCAUGUUUCUGUUCUCUCUGUGUGUCUAUAACCUCUUCCCUCCUUGUCACUCUCUUGCUCUCAGAAGCUUCCCAGCCUUGCAUUGUUUCACAACAUUUCCCAGUGGCAGACAGGGAGGAGGAGAGCUGCACUUGUGCUAAAUAUCUCACUGGAGACCACCAGCUCCUGGAUAGACACCCUCACUAAAGCUGGGAAGUGAAAGGCUGGCAGUGCUUUCAGCUGCAAAUUGCCAGCGAGACGGACAGGCUGAGAACGAGACCAGAACUGCCAUGCGUUUUUGUAAAGGGCACUCUGUGUUCUCGUGGAAUAUAAAAUGUAUCUAAGGCUGAAUCCAGUUCUUUGAAAUUACCAAAAGACUUCUUCUUUCUCAGCGGUGCAUUUGCAGGCUCUGUUCUUCAUCGUGACUGUUAGAAUAUGGAAGGAUUGUUCUAAAAACACAAAAUUGCAAUUUGUGUCCUCCAUGACCUGGUUGUAAGGAGAGAAAGCUGAUCCCGAACGCUGCUCUUCUGGAAUGCAUUGUGCCCUGCUUAUAACGGACAGCUGGAUAUAAAGUCGUGUGUCUGUAACCAUUCUCCCCCCCUUUUCUCGCCGUCACUUACAGUUGUUGCAUCUCUGCCUGUGCACAAGUUUUUCAGCCCAUGAGAAUGAUCCGUGUCUGCUGGUUUUUUACGCUUUCAUUUCUGUGGCAGCUGCUGGCAUUAGCCCGGACGCUGGAGAUGGGUCUCUACGACGUGGAGAGGGGGAGGGAAGCCAAGUGUGAGCCCAUUCAGAUUCCCAUGUGCCAGGGCAUUGGCUACAACAUGACCAGAAUGCCCAAUUAUGUAGGCCAUGAGUCCCAGGCAGAGGCAGGGGUGAAGCUGCAAGAGUUCGCCCCUCUUGUUGAGUAUGGGUGUCACGUACACCUCCGCUUCUUCCUCUGCUCUCUCUAUGCCCCCAUGUGCACAGAGCAGGUGUCAUCUUCAAUCCCAGCUUGUAAACCCAUGUGUGAAUCUGCCAGGCUUAAGUGUGCCCCCAUAAUGGAACGCUUCAACUUUGGAUGGCCUGAGUCACUGGACUGCUCCCGGCUUCCCAGCAAAAAUGACCCUAAUGCCCUCUGCAUGGAAGCCCCUGAGAAUGCCACAGGUAGUGACCCACCAAAUAAUGGACAAGGUAUGCUCCCUGUGGCUCCACGUCCUCCACGUCCAUCAGGUGCUGGGAUUGGCGUUCCCAGCCGGUGUGCUAACCCCGACAAGUUCCUCUAUGUGGAGAGGAGUGGAGUUUGUGCCCCAAGGUGCAAUCCUGGUGUGGAUGUCUAUUGGUCAUCAGGUGACAAAGAUUUUGCUCUUGUAUGGAUGGCAGCCUGGUCUGGCCUAUGCUUCAUCUCAACUGCCUUCACAGUCCUGACUUUCCUUCUACAUCCCCAGCGGUUUCAGUAUCCUGAGAGGCCCAUCAUCUUUCUCAGCAUGUGCUACAAUGUCUAUUCCACUGCAUUCCUCAUCCGUGCUGCUGCUGGCGCCCCCAGCAUAGCCUGCGACCGUGAAGGGGGAGCUCCCUACCUAAUCAGAGAAGGCCUGGAGAGCAGUGGUUGUACGCUGGUUUUCCUAAUCCUUUAUUAUUUUGGCAUGGCCAGUUCUCUUUGGUGGGUUGUGCUGACUCUCACCUGGUUCCUUGCAGCCAGCAAAAAAUGGGGUCAUGAGGCCAUUGAAUCACAUGGUAGCUAUUUCCACCUGGCUGCUUGGGGAGUUCCAGCUGUAAAAACCAUAAUUAUUCUCACUAUGCGGAAAGUAGGGGGAGAUGAGCUGACUGGACUCUGCUAUGUUGGUGGGUCUGAUCCAAGUGCCCUUACUGGCUUUGUCCUAGUGCCACUGUCCUGUUACUUGGUUACAGGCACAUCAUUCCUCCUGACUGGCUUUGUUGCCCUUUUCCACAUCCGACGAGUAAUGAAGACUGGGGGUACCAACACAGAGAAACUGGAAAAGCUUAUGGUUAAGAUUGGGGUAUUCUCUAUCCUCUAUACAGUCCCUGCUACCUGCAUCAUUGUCUGUUGCUUCUAUGAGCGCCUCAACUUAGCUCACUGGGAAUCCAGGGCUCGUGAGGAAACCUGUAGGACAACAACUGUAAGUGGCAGACCGGACUGUACCUUACCCCGGUCCAUUCCCAGUGUAGCAGUCUUCAUGCUUAAGAUUUUCAUGUCAUUGGCGGUGGGCAUUACCAGCGGGGUAUGGGUAUGGAGCUCUAAGACUCUGCAAGCCUGGCAAGGCAUAUUGUGUCAACGGCGGCUUGGAGUAGUAGGUGCAAGGACUCAAGGGAAGCCUCGUGGUGUGGUUCCCUGUAGCUUGGGGAGCUGUCCUUACAAAUCGCCCCCACUGACUCUACAAGUUGCCAAGUCUGGCCCCUUCAUGGACACCCCAACACAUGUAUGAAGCACAUGGGAAAAAUAACUAAAGGGAUAGAAUGUUUCAAUUCAGCCCUAAAUUGGUAAAUACACUUUCAUAAGCAGGUUUAAUGAAACUUGUUUAAACUGAUAGAGUACAGGCUUUUCUAAGUGGAGUCACUCUCUUGUGGGGAAGGGUUAUUUGAUUCAGCAGCACUAAAGAAAAUUAAGAAUUUGCUGUGCAACAUAUUUGAGAAACAGGUUAUGAACCUGAAGCACUCUAGCAGUAAUGGCAUUCUGGAAAGUGAUGUCCUUUUAGUGUGCUUUAUGCUGGGUCUUUCAUUUGCCUAAAUACCCCUUUGCUCUUGGCUGCUUUUCUUUUGAACACUGAGCCCAUAAUACAGCUCUUUUUGGAGUGUUGCCCCCUCUCACCAAGCUCACAGAACUCAAAAAGACACACUUUACAGUUUAUCUCAGUCUCUUUUCUAAAAUUUCAAAUCUGUUCUUAUGCUGCAUUGCAUUGCAGGACGCUGAUAUUCCUUGCUACUGAAAUGAGAAAGAAAGGUGUUAAGUGUUUGUUUUUUUGGAGUGGCUGGUAGCUGACAGAAUACGCUUAUUGGACAGGAAUGCAUGUACACAGAAAGGAAUGUGUUAACCAACACAUAAAGGUUCUCCAGCCAAGCAGGGAAUUGUUACUAUAUAUAAGUGCAAUGCAAUAACUGGUAUAAGGGGGAGUGCAUUUGUUGUGGACACAGCUGAGUUAUGAAUGGAAAUUCAUUAAUUCACUACUCAGAGGUGGAAUUAUGUCCAGUUUCAGGUCUACCAACCCCUCUCCCUUCAUGACUCACAUUGAUAAAGGUACAUUGAAUUAGGGUCACAUUAAAUGUCAGUAUAACUUUAUUUAAAUAGCUCUGUCGCUGCCAAUGAGACCAUAUACCCUGUAUCACUUGUUAAUGUAUUUGGGAUAUUAUUACAUGCCACCAAGGGCAACAUCUAAUAACUAUUUAAGAACUGAAAGGGAAUAAUAGUGCAUUGUCUUUGGUGCAGAAGUAGUUAAAUGUAGUUUUUGUAUUUCAUUUUAACAGUAAAACAAUCAUGCAUCUAUGGUAAACGGCUGCAUCUUCUACAUUGCAGAAUAUGUGUUGGCUAUAAACACCAUAGUAUAUUCUAAGCACAGCCAAAGCUUGCUAAAUAGUUGUGAUUUGCAGAUAAGGGAAUUCAACACCUGGCACUUAAAUACAACACUUGUCAACUAGCGAAGCAUUUUAGGAGCUGUAAUCUGCGUUGGAUAAAUGGCUAGAAGAUGUCUAUCUGCGUUUCCCUGAAUAAGUGAAGUGGGUUAGAUUCUCAGCAUUUUAAAAUAGUAAAUAUUUACUGCUGCCCAGGGACUAGCUCCUAAAUACAUUAGCUUGAUUUGUUAUUCUCCCAGAUACUUAGUUGGUGUUGGUUGGCUAUUUAUAAAAAACUAAAGUAAAUAAAUUAAAAGCAAGACAAUAAGAAUACAGGAAAAAUUGCUUUUAUUUACAGCGUCACAAACAAGGCUACACUUCUGUCUUGUAGAAGCGUUAUAAAACCGAAGUGUAGCGUUGAUUGUGGAGAAUUGAAUAAAUAGAUGCUUUUCAGAAGUGGUAGCUGAUGAAUACACCCAGGGCAAAAACAAAAAUUAUGAUAACCUGCAGAGAUUAAACAUUCCUUGGCAUUACCGCCUCCGCUCACCCAGCCUAACUGAAAAGGAGCAAUCGCUUAAUUAAAAAUUUAAAGGACUUACAUUUAGGGACAGAGCACAAUAUGCUUAAAGUGAAAGAUGAGCUUUAAUUCACUAGCCACUGUAGGGGUCUAAUAGCUACUUUGUGGAGGUCUCAGAUCUUUAGUGCCUCCUAGUUCUCCAAAUCAUUUAAAUCUCCUAACCCAAAGGGCAAGUGAAAAUGCAUUGAGGCAGAAAAUCGGUAGUUCAUGUGGUACACAGAAUAAAAGGGAAAAUGUGUGGUAUGUAGAAAGGGUGGACCUCAGCUGUUCUCUUUUUUUCAUUUAGGGAUUUAAAAAAAAUUAUAAAUCAGUUAAUUGUGUUGAAUUGACAACUAGCGAAUAAGAUGUUGGCAAACAAAAUUCAAUUUAAAGUAACUUUGUCAGUGAAUCAACCCACUUGUGUUAUGUUUACCAAAAUGUUGUAAUUCAGUUGUUCAUUCAUCAUAAAUUCAUUUAGUGAAUAAUUCCUUUAACCCCUUAAGUACCAAACUUCUGGAAUAAAAGGGAAUCAUGACAUGUCACAUAUGCCAUGUGUCCUUAAGGGGUUAAAGGGGUAUUGGGCACAUGGCCAGAAGUGCAUUGUAUUAAAGGAGCCACAUGGCAAGCCCAGCAGCUGUAUCAGAAUUCUCUGAAAGUGUCAAAGGCUGGCUGCAUAGAUGGGAGUUGGAAUAUAUAAAAGCCAAUAAUGUAAAGCCAGUAGCUUCUGGAAUUGUGUUAUAGGAGUUGUAGUUCAAUUGACAGCAGGAGACCAACAGUUUGACACCCAGGCAGAAAUGCAUGACCAAGUACAGUGUAAGGCAACACUCCGGGUACUGUAAACUACAGCUGCUGAGAUGAUGCACCUUCAGAGGCAGAAGUGCCAAUAUUUGUCUCUCAAUCUAUGGGGUACAUCAUUUUUUUUAUUUCUAAUUUGUUUUUAAAAAACAAACAAAUUUUAAAUGGCAGAUUUAAACAGUACAUUUUAGAACAGACGUACCUAAAAGGUAGCCCCCAGAUGUUGUAGAACUACAACUCCUUUAAUGCUUUGCAUGCCUUUAGAAUGACAACGCAUCAUGGAAGCUGCAGUUUCAAAACAUCCGGGGAUAUACUUUUUGGGCACCCCUGUCUUAGAACAUAGAGCAACUCUAUUCCCACCUAGCUGAAUUAUCAUAGCACUACAUUGCAUGUUCUGCAUAUAUUGUAUAAUAUUGUAAAGCGCUGUGGAAUCUGUUGGCGCUAUAUAAAUGGCAAUAAUAAUAUACCGCCUUCUCAUGAGGAUUUUAGAGAUCCAUUUUAAACCAGAUCAUCAGAGGUUUACUAAACUGUAAAGUGUCAUGAAAUCACAGGUAGUUCAAAGGUUAUUGGAAAUGUUCAGCUCAAAUUCGCUAAAUUGCAGUAGUCAGCUAUGAUUCGAAUUAUGCUAUUUUGGCCUACAAUUUAAAAUUCACUAUGAAUUCCUGACAUUUCACAAUUAAGUGAAUAACCUGACACCUGUGCAUGAAUACCAUCAACCAUCAACAUUUUAUAUACUACAACCCUGAGCUGUGGUUUUGUGUGUGAUUUAAAAUAGCAGUGUGGCCACCUACCUUGAAUGGACUAAAUUACAUGUUUAUGGCUGGAUAAUUAAAUAUAAAUACAGUAAAAUGCAAUCACUAUUGAUCAGAUGACAUGCUGCUGGUUUUUAAUGUUUGUUUUUUAAAUACAGGUAUUAUGUGAAUGGCAUUAGCUUGCAAACCAUUCAUUCUUUAUUUAUUUUUUAAAUUAGCCCAAUGACCCUUUAAAAAAUUAAUUAUGCGAAACACCUUAAUUUUACUCUUCUGAUGAUCCAUAAUUUCUGGAUGCACUUUGGAAGGCUUUGCAUUCACAGUAAACAAUCUGUUUUGUGCAGGGCCUGAUAGAUAUGAAUUGCCUGUUCUAGCCCCUUGGGGAGCCACUGAAAUAGAAUUCGGACAUAAUUUUGAGCACUAGCCAUGGAGUUAAACCAGUUAAAUACAUCUUCAAAAUAUAUCAGUCAUAUUUUAUUGUUAUGUCUAUUUCUUUCUCAAAGUUUUUCUACCAUUUCACCUUUUGUGGUCUUUGAUUUAUAUUGUUAAAGUGCUGAAGGCAGUGUCCUGUUACAGCAUGGGCUCAGUUACAAGGAGUAGAAUGAUAAGUAACCACUAACUGUAGAACAGAUACUUCUCAAUUCUGUUAAUUGUUUCUCAGGAUGCCAGGUUUUAAGGUCAUGGAGUAUAAAGUGAUCCACAAGCGAUCACAAUGGCAUGAAGAACAAAGACAUGCACACAAAGGAACACUCAAUUUAAAACAAAACAAAAAGUUUUUUGUUUUUUUUUAAAUAUAUAUAAUUGGAACAUUCCUAUUUGUGUUUAUAUUACUGCCACUUUCCUCCAUUGAAAUAGUUAAAAGUAACGAAACUCUAUUAUUAUUAUUUUAUUAUUUAUAUAGCACCAGCAAAUUCCGUAGCGCUGUACAAUGGGUGGACUAACAGGCACGUAAUUGUAACCAGACCAAUGGACGCACAGGAACAGAGGGAUUGAGAGCCCUGCUCAAUGAGCUUACAUGAUAGAGGGAGUGGGGUAAAGUGACACAAAUGGAAUAAGUACGGGUAACGAAAUAGGUUGCUUGAAAAGUAUUCACUUUAUUCCAGAGCCUCCUUGGGGCAGCUCUAUUGUGCCUCCUGUGAAGUCAUUAUUACUGAAUCAGAAUCUUCGGGACACACAGUGUAUUGCAAUCUUCCCAAAACGCCUCUCAUAGAGAAGCAUUGGAACCAGUGCUUCUCUAUAUUAAGCACUCCCUUCCAUUUUGAAAGGUGAGUGUGGUAGGAAACCCUCCCAGGUGUCUGUGUCAAUGCUGAGAGGUGUAACUAAAGAGAUUUAUAAAAUUGCCAAUUUUGCUUGAGCGGUAUGGGACAUUACUCCUAAAGCACUUCAAUAAGCUGGAGUGCUUUAGAGGCCUGGAGUGUCCUUUUAAAGACCUUUUGUGCUGAAUUUGACCUAUCCUAAUUUUAAUUUUCAAAUAAUUCACUAGAAUAUAUUUACAGAUUAUCAAAAUGUCAGAGUUAGCUGCCAUUUUUAAAGGGCUGGCGAUGGCCACUAUUUUGAUAAUUCUAACAGUAAAUAUGGAGGUAUAAAUUAAUUGUAUUUAUACAUAAUUUAUUGGAAGGGAAAUGCUUCACUCUGUGUCCUACCUUACAAGUAUCAUGCCGUGGCAACCUGCAUUUUUCCUGCUGUUUAUAUUACUACUCCUAUCACCCCAGCUAUAUCCAUGUCAUACAUUGCUCCAACUUGUCUUAGCACAUUGACUCAAAAAUCUUACCAUCUUUCCUAAGCAAGCAUGAUUUUUUUUUUAAAUAAAUGGGUGACCAGACAUUCCCUGUGUUGGGAGUGUAGUCAUGAUAAAAUCAAACACUAUCUAAAAAAAAUAGAUUUAAUUUUCAACGCUAUGUGAUCUGCAAGUGAAAUUGCCAGCAAAUUGUAUAGAUUUAAAAAUAUUGUUUUUUUUUUGCCAUCUCCAAGUCACUGACUGAUUGGGUGGAGCAGAUGUGCUUGUUUCUCCUCCAUCUUCAAUUGCAAACCAAGACACGUCUCAAUCAAUAAUAAUAUGUAGUGACAAUUUUAAGAAUGAUCCGAUACUGCAUUUAGCAAAAUGGAAGGAAGAGGGUUCACGUGCAUCCACUGUAGCUUGUGAGAGGUUGAUCUAUACAUUUUGCUUGUAAUGUAGCUAGUUGAAUGUAUGGGUUAAAAAAAAUUGUAUAAUCUAUCAAGUUAUUUCAUGGUUUAUUUGCGUGGCAGAGUUCCAGAUAAAUCACCUUAUUGCAAUGUGAAAAAUGUGCAACAGAGUUUCAUAAUAAACUGAGAAUCUGGUCCAAGAAUAGAAGUAAAAUGAAUGCAAUCUGGUGGUAUAGGACGGGACAUUUGAUGUGUGUUGUUAAAGGGGAAAGGGAUUUAUGAUACUUUUUUUGUGCCAUAUUCUACAUUAACCCAGGUGUGCAUCCUGUGUACAAGUGGUUACUUAAUGAAGCAUAUGAGGGAAUGUAGAAUCUGCAUCUUCCAAGAGGAACAUUCUGAUAGAUUUUCUUUAGUGCUGCAUUAGUAUGAGGCAGCUGAUUUGAAGAUUGGUAUUCCAAACCAGUUCUCCAGCAUCUCAAAGUGUACAGGUUUUCAAGGCCUCCUCAUAUAUCAAAGCAAGUGGAUUAAGCAAUGCUUUAGUAAUUCUGACAGAUCUAUCUGUACUUAUGUGAGAGCUGCCAACACAGGCAGCAAGGUUUUAAAGGGUCUUAUUUAAAAACACCGUCCUCCGGCAUAAUUAUCAGUUGUAUGAAUAUUUUAAGUACGCUGUUUAGCAGCGAUGGCUAACCUUGGGACUGGAGAUUUGAGCUAAUCAUGCAGGGAGGCAUGCAGGAAAAAAUGUAGUUGGCAUACGUCUGGAGUGACAAGUUUAGCCAUUAUUGCUAUACCACAAUCAAAAUAGCGCAUUCAUUACUGGAAUAAUCUGAUGUAUAAAAUAGGUUAUUAAAGUUAGACAGAGAUGGUGAAUAUCAACUAUCAAGGUCUCCUGUGAGAUUAGCAGUUAAAAUAUGAAUACAAUAUAACUACUAUUCAGGAGCAGGGUUAAGCAACAUUCGGCACACUAGAUGUUCUGGAUUACAUCUCCCAUAAUGCGCUUACAGUCACAGUACUGCCAAAGCAACGGGGAGAUAUAGUCCAACAUAUCUGGAGUGUCGAAGGUCGCUUACCCCUGCUUUAGAGCAUUGCAAGUCGGGAACAUUUGUUUUAGAAUCAGACCUUUUUUUUAUUUUUGUUCACACUAAACAUUGAGUUGUUGCUCAAUUUUAUUUUAUUUUUUUAUCCCGAUACAUGUUUUCUAAGACCGCUUUUGGCAAGAUGUAGAAUUUAUACAUUUUAACUUUGGAGCCCAGUCAGAUAGAGAGCGGUUAAUCGAUAGGAUAAUCUUGCAUUACAUCUGAUGAAGCAUCCAUCCAAAGGCUUGGAGGUAUAAUAGCUUCUUUCUAACGCAUUUCAAUGGACCUAAUCAUAAUAUCAUAGAAUUGCCACAUUACCGUGAGGAUUCAGUUAAUAAAUCAUGGAAGGGAUCCCAUAGGAAUCACUGUGAUUGAAUUAAAUCAUUUAGCUUUUUUAUGCCUACAUUUUGCAAAUCAGUUGUCAGCUCACUUUUCUAGUAAAUAAACCCCUGGGUGUUUCCUCAAUAGGACAUCAAACAACUGAAUUAAUCCACCUGUGUCCACAAUAAAAUAGUUUUUUUAAUCGAAACAGUUUAACUGAACUGAAUGAUUACUGAUCCAGUGAUAUUGAAAGGGGCAAUGCAACCAAGAGAGUCAGAUUUAUAAAGCAGCAUCAAUUCUCCUGGUAAAUAGGUACAGAGUAAGGCAUUGUUAAAACAUAGCAGGGAAGGGGAUAAGGGCAGUAGAUAUUCAUUUUUUCUUUGUGCAGCUGUUGAUAAUUAAGGGUUACAUGUGGGAUAGCUCCCAUGAAUGGAGACCGCUGCUCCACGCCAUCGCUCCACCCCUCUAAACAGAUAUCUAUAUAUAUAUAUAUAUUUUUGGAUUUGCAUUAUAUAAGAAAAAAAUAUUGUACUGGUUUUGUAAAGUACUGAAUAUAAAAGUAAUAAUAUUAUGCAGAUGGUAAUUUAAUGCUGUAAUUUAUUCUUGAUGUUUUGAUGAGAUGGGUUAAUAAACAGACUUUUGU